AAAGAAAGAAACUCGAAUACUGCAAUCACAAUAAAAACACAAUGGCUGAUGAUCAUGCCAAGGCAGGAUGUGAGCGUGUGUUUAAGCGCUUUGAUUACAAUGGCGAUGGCAAGAUUUCAUUGACUGAGCUGGCCGAUGCACUUAAAGCACUUGGCUCUUCUUCGCCGGAUGAAGUCCGUCAGAGAAUGGAGGAGAUCGACAAGGAUCGCGAUGGGUUCAUUUCACUCGAGGAGCUGUUCGAUUUCCAACAUGCCAACCCUGAUUUGAUGAAGGAAGUCAUCAAGCAAUUGUAACAAAAGAAGCCUUAUAAAAUGUAUUAUGUUUAUUGACCACAUCCCUCACAAAAGUUUAAUUCAUACAAAUCGGUCUUGAAAGCAUGGUGAGAAAACGUGGUAAGAAUAUGACAUGUAGCGUUACUCAAUUUUAUUUUUUUAUUAUUUUUUUAUAUAAAUUGAUUCAAACGUUAAAUAUGUAUGACCUUAAUUACUCACAAUGGUGAGAGUUUGUACUCUAAUCAUUCUAGAAGUUCAUUUACAUAUUUAUAAGGCCUUUUGGGUUUCAUUCAUAUACCAGCUUCUAGCUUUCAUGUGCUUAUUAGCCAUA